AUGGCUUAUAAACUUUUCGUGAAACAUACAAUCAAGGUCUUGGAAAAUGGUAAGCAAUUAUGGAAACAGAGAGGGAAACUCCGCAAGAACGAUGUGGUGUCAUGCAGGCACAUGAGUGUUCAGAAUGAGAGAAGAAGACUCAUAUUCGAAGAGUCGCCAAGGUUGAGACUUGACACGGACUUGUCAUCUAUGACGGGUUGGCUGGCAUGGAGAGCGCUGGCGAGACAUGGUCUAAGAGACUCCUAUAUCACUGUGAGACUUUGCAAGGGUAUGACGUGUGUGAUUUAUGUAGAAAGGUCACUCCCCAAGAUAACUAGCCAGGAUGAUGACGGCCCUAACAACCAAACGCCAUACACUGGAGCCGGGAACUUCGAGCCAAUUCCCCACGACCACGACUUCUGCGAGAGAGUCGUUAUAAACGUCAGCGGUCUCCGGUUCGAGACGCAACUCCGAACGCUCCACCAAUUUCCGGAGACGCUCCUGGGCGAUCCCUCUCGAAGAAUAAGAUACUUCGAUCCACUUCGAAAUGAGUACUUUUUCGACCGUAACCGGCCCAGUUUCGACGCCAUCCUUUAUUACUACCAGAGCGGCGGGAGACUCAGACGACCCGUCAAUGUGCCUCUUGAUGUAUUUGCGGAGGAGAUCAAAUUCUACGAGCUCGGCGAGGUGGCCAUCAACAAAUUCAGGGAGGAUGAGGGCUUCAUCAAGGAGGAAGAGCGCCCACUCCCGGACAAUGAGUUCCAGCGGAAGGUGUGGCUUCUCUUUGAAUACCCUGAGAGCUCGCAGAAUGCCCGCGUUGUGGCAAUUAUUUCCGUCUUUGUUAUUCUCCUGUCCAUUGUGAUCUUUUGCCUUGAGACGCUACCGGAAUUCAAACAUUAUAAGGUGUUUAAUACGACGAACAACGGUACAGUGGUCGAGGAGGAUGAGGUACCGGAGGUGACCGAUCCCUUCUUCCUCAUAGAAACCAUUUGUAUCAUUUGGUUUUCCUUUGAACUACUAGUGAGAUUUUUCGCGUCGCCGCUUAAAGGAGCAUUUAUGAAAGACAUCAUGAACAUUAUCGAUAUUGUAGCUAUCAUUCCUUACUUUAUUACGUUGGCUACUGUCGUCGCUGAGGAAGAGACGGAGGAAUACGUUAUUCCGGCGGAGAGUCUGUCGCCGCACGAGAAGGGGUCAAACCAGGCCAUGUCCUUAGCCAUUCUUCGCGUCAUUCGUCUGGUUCGAGUCUUCAGAAUAUUCAAGCUUUCUCGUCACUCCAAGGGCCUCCAGAUCCUGGGAAGAACGCUCAAGGCAUCAAUGAGAGAGCUCGGGUUGCUCAUCUUCUUCCUCUUUAUCG